ACCACAACAACAAUUACUACCACCACAACAACAAUUAUCUUCAAUUUCAAAUCUUUUACAAACUUCAAACUAUUCAAAUAAUAACCAAUCUUCUUAUUUAAAUAACAAUGAUGGUUAUCAAUCUGAUAUAGGUGUAUACUCACCAGCCAAUUUUAACUCACAACCAAAUGGCUCACCAUCUGUAAACUUAAAACUUUUAGAAAUCAAAUCUUUAAAAAAAUAUAAUGCCAUUCACAGACUUAAGGUUUCUCACUCGCCAUCAAAAACAGAACUUGUAUCAGCUGUUAUUCAACAUUUUGCCCAUCAAAAUAUCGACGAGGAUACAAUCAUUACAUCAUUUUUAAAAAGAGUUAAAAGCGAAUCAAGAAUUAGACAAUUAGAAAAGGUUUAAACAUCAAAACGAUCAUUUUAUUAAUUGCCCUUUCUCAUAUUCCUCAAUUCCUGUAUAAUAUCUCCAUCCUAUGGCUUUUAUUUAUUUAUUUAUUAUAAAUGUUUUUUUAAAUAUAUUUAUUCUUUUUAAAAUAUUCCCUCCUCUUUAUAUUUUUCUCCCCAUCAAUUUUAUGUUACCAAAAUAACAUUGGAUUGGUAAUUUUUCUUUUUUUUUCCCAUCCUCUUUUUUCACAUUAUAGAUUUUUUAUUAUAAUUUUUUUUUUUUUUCAUUAUUAUUAAUCUUUUUUGAAAUAUUUCUAUUUGUAUUGUUUUGUUGUUAUUAUCGAUAUUUAACAUAGUUUCUUUAUUAUUAAAGAAAUUUGUACAUAUAAAAAUUAUUUAUGUUAAAUAAUAUAAUCACAUUCAUACACACACAAUAUUUUAAAAAGGCAAUAAAACAAAAAAAGAAAAAAAUAAAUAAAAUGUAUUAUUAAUUUUAAAAAACCAUCUUUUCCUUCUAAUUUUAUAAAAGAUCUAAAAUAAAUUAAAGUUUACAAAUCAAAAAAAAAAUU